UGACCAGAGGCAGAACCUAAAAGCGAUGGGAGGGAAAGGCCUAUAAAUGUAGAGUAGAAGAGCACAGCAGCACCCAAGUGAAACCGAGAACCUCAUUUUUCAUUACUUCUGACAGCUCAUCAUGGAUAUCCCCAUCCAGUACCCCUGGUAUCGGAGGGCCUUUCCGCAUCGGCUGCCCGACCUCUCCUUGACUGAGCCUCUCACGGACUGGCCCCUGAUGUGGCCCUUCUCCUGGUCCUUUCCCUGGAUGCGUCCUUUGUUCACGCGCUGGUUCAACUGGCCUGAAAAUGGUCUCAGUGAGAUGCACAUGGAAAAGGACUGCUUUGUCAUUUACCUGGAUGUAAAGCAUUUCUCCCCUGAGGAGCUGUCUGUUCACGUCAGCGACAAAUUCAUCACGGUGCACGCCAGACAUGAGGACAGGCAGGACGACCACGGUUUCGUGGCAAGGGAGUUCGUGAGGAAGUACAGGCUUCCUUCCGGCGUCUCGGCCGCCGACGUCACCUCCAGUCUGUCACACGACGGCGUGCUGACGAUCACCGCACCUCGAGCAUCCGCCGGCCAGGAGCGCAGCAUCCCUAUUACCUGUGAAGACGGAGCACAGAAACGGAAAAUGUAGAGCAGAGGCAAGACUAACACCACUGACCCGGUUAAACUAACCUGCUAGUUAGUUUGGCAGCCCCGCACACGUAUAGGCUAAUCAUAAACGUCUAACGUCUAACCCUCAUGUCUCACCAACACUAAUAUGGUAGCUCUGUCUCUCUGUGUGGCGGGUGCACUGGUGAGCUGCAGCCUAGUAAACCCGCUUUGCUAUCAUGACGGCCAAACGUAAUAAAAAAUACCUUGUAUAGAAAUGAGACGUUAAGGGCAUGAUGUGUUCACUGGCCCUGUAGUGACAUAAGUGGAAGUUCUUGAGACAAAUAAACUGAAACUAGCUUGCACCUGAUCAAUUUGAGGUAGCGGAAACGUGAAGAUGUGUUCACAUGGUGACAGGCUGACGUUGUUGUUAGUGUCAGGGUGGGUGUGAGGAAGGACGCCUGUAGUUUGUUUAGAUUAUAUGAGAAAAAGCAUCGAUUGCUGUAUGUUUAAUAGAAAGGACUCUGGAGGCGUUUUAAAUGUUAUCAAAGGACUCGGGACCAGGUCUGUAUUGCGUUGACAGGAAAAAAAGAGUGAAUGAGCAGGAGGGACAGCGGUGGACAGGGAGGUGCUGAUACAUGUUCUGGGAGAAGGACUGCUUUUAUCACUGGGCUCCUUUAACACUGGGGAGCAUCGACUCUGAGCUGCUAAGGAUAAUGUGUUUGUAUGUGUGUGAGGGUAAGUGCAUUAGUGCUUGUAGAUGCAAGAGCUGCCUCUCGACAUUAUCCUCUUCUAUUGGCAACAACUCUCCAGCAUAUUAACACAAAAACACAAGAUAGAAUAAACCCUGAAACUCUG